UUGUUAAUCCUUUAAAAUUCAUGAAAUGCUGUUUUGUUAUUGAAAAUUGUUACGGACCCUUGAUUUUGAACAAAAACUCUGAUGCGGACCUUUGAUCAAAAAGAUGAACCCCUGCUUUAAAUAAUGAUCGAUUUCUGGUUGUGCCGUGUUAAGCACACAGUACCUUUGCCCACGCUGGACUCCCCAGCAACCAUGAACGUCUUCUCCUUAAUCUCAACCCUCUUUCUCUAUGUUCUUUGUCACUCUGCCGGAGUGCAAUCGGGAGCAGUGCAGCCGCUGGACUGUGCCCUGUCGCCCUGGUCUCCAUGGACGCGAUGCAACGUCUGCCAGAAGAAAAGGUACCGGUACGCGACGCUGGUGCAGCCAUCCCAGUUUGGCGGAGAGCCUUGCCACUUCCGGGGGCGAGAGGAGGAGCCCUGUGACCCCCCGUCUCAACUGAGCUGUCGGGACAGUCCCUCGUGCGAAGGCUUCGUCUGCGUCACCACCGGGCGUUGCAUACCGCGCCGGCUGCUCUGUAACGGGGACGAUGACUGCGGGGACGGCUCGGACGAGCGUGGCUGCAGGAGCGUGAUCAGGGCCUGCAGGGAGAAGGUGGAGGAGUACUGGGGGAUCGAAAACCUGGCCAGCGGGAUCAACGUGCUUAGCGGCAAUUUGGAAGGAGCAGUCCUUGACAACCGUUACUAUGCAGGAAGCUGUUUACCUCAUCACAUCCAGCACACCAGGUUCCGGAAACCCUACAAUCUCCAGCAUUACACGGUGCAGACAAAGGGCGAUUACGAUUUCACUCUGGAUGUGUACGAUUCUUACUCCCGGUUUGAGGAGCACAGUAUGGAAGCCCGCAUGUCAAAAACCAGCAUUUCAUUCGGAAUAAAAUUACCGGGAGUCCUGGAGUUGGGCUUUAAUUACAGAGAUGAGAAAUAUAAGAAUUAUGUCAGCAUAAUACGCAACUACUCCGGCAAGAAACACAACUUCCUGCUGGCUCAUUCCCAGCUGGAGGUGGCUCGCUAUGCUCUGAAGCCCCAGGACCUGGUCCUGCACCCCGGCUUCCUCCAGCGGCUGAGGGCCCUGCCCUCCGAGUACAGCUAUGGCGAGUACAGGCAGGUCUUUGAAGACUACGGGACGCAUUACAUCACGGAGGCCACGCUCGGCGGCGAGUAUGAGUACUCCAUCAUGCUCAAUAAGGAGAACAUGGAGAAGUCGGGAUACACAUUGGAGGACACGAGGAAGUGCGUUCAAGCCGGAGCCAAGUUGGGUGCCAAAAUCAAAGGCGUGUACGUGUCCAUAGGGGGGCAGGGGGGCAGGUGUAAAAGCCUGCUCAACGAACUCGGAGAGGACAAAAAAGAAGGCAAACUCGUGGACGACUUUGUGGCUGUGGUAAGGGGGGGAAGUACUGAGACUAUUUCCAGGCUGGUCUACAAGCAGCUGCCGACCCCGGAAAUCAUGCAGGACUGGGGGGAGUCCGUGUUCCUGAACCCAGACUUCAUUCAGACCAAGAUGCAGCCCCUGCAUGAACUGGUGACCUCCAAGGAUUUUGUCAGCGCCCCCACCCUGAAGAAGAACCUGAACCGGGCUUUGGUGGAGUAUCUGGCCGAGGUCAGCUCCUGUCGCUGCGCCCCCUGCCUCCACAACGGGGUGGCCGUCCUUAAAGGCACCAGAUGUGACUGUGUUUGUCCAGUGGGCUUCAGUGGAAAAGCUUGUGAGAUAACCCAAAGGACAGAGGUCACUGUGGACGGGACCUGGAGCUGCUGGUCCUCCUGGUCGACCUGCAGCGGUCGGAAGAAGCAGAGGACUCGCCAGUGUGACCACCCCCCCCCUCAGAAUGGGGGCAUGGCGUGUGCAGGGAUUAAAGAAGAAACAACAGACUGUGUUUGACCCCCCACUUGCCAAACAUCCAUCCACUUAUCCUGGUCAGGGUAGUGGGGGGGGGGUGGUUCCAAACAAAUAAAUAUCAA